AUGUCAUAUCAGAUUGCUCCAACUCGAGAUUUAAAAGUUAUUACGGAUGAGUUGCAAACACUUUCUUCUUACAUCUUUCACACGACUAUCGCGGAUGAUUUGAACUCUUUACUCAUAUGGACGAGCCCUAACGAUCCCAAGAGUAACCAUCAGCUACGCCCCCCAAGUCUCCGUAUUAAAAAUAUCAUUAAGGUACUGUUCCCUAAUAGUGCGUCUACUUCCCCAUAUAGCGUGGUAAAUACUGGACAAACAAGCAAUUCAAUAGUUAAUGAGGGCAAUACAAACAAAGAGUUGCAACUACAACUUUUAUCGACGCUGAAAGAGUAUUACAUUUUCCAAGUUCGCUAUCAUUUUUUUUCACAUUUUGAAAAUAUCAACUAUUUAAAAGAUAUUCAACGAUGGGAGAAUUAUUAUGAAUUUCCGUUACGUUACGUACCUAUUUUUGAUCUAGACAUCAACGGUUGGUCCCUCGAACUUAAUUCAUUAAGGCAUUACUUGUUAAAUAGAAAUAUGAAGUUUAAAAACAAUUUAAGAACAAGAUUGGAUAAAUUAAUAAUGGAUGAUGAUUUUGACCUUGCUGAUAAUUUAAUACAAUGGCUUAACUCCGCGGACGGUUCAUUAUCCUCGAUGGAAUUGAUAGUGAAUGCUCUUUUCAACAAAAUCAACAAAUUUUGUGAAGAUACCAUGAGUGGAGUAUGGAAUAAAAGGUUUAUGAUUAUGGAAACGUUCAAUAAAUUCAUCAAUCAAUACUGGUCUCAAUUCUCCAAAUUGAUCGGCUGCCCCGAGGAUGAUCAUGAAUUGACCACUACAGUUUUCAACUGUUUUGAAUCGAAUUUCCUCAGGAUAAGAACAAAAGAAAUUUUUGAUAUAUGCGUCCUGGCUUAUCCUAACUCGAAAGUUACGUUAUUGGAAUUGAAGAAAAUUAUGAAAGAUUUCAAGGAUUAUGCGAAUAUCGUAACAACAUUCCUGUCGGAUUUUAAAAAAUACAUUCUAAACCCUAGCAUUACUACGGUGGAUGCUUUGUUGAGAUAUGUCAAAACUAUUAAAGCGUUUUUGGUCUUAGAUCCAACAGGAAGAUGUUUACACUCGAUAACUACAUUUGUCAAACCAUAUUUUCAGGAGCGUAAACACUUAGUAGACUUAUUACUAUAUGCAAUGUUGGACUUGCCUGAAGAAGAACUAAAGGAGAAGAUUACUUUUAAAGUAGAUAUUAAGGCGUUAAUCUCACUUGUAGAUACUUUGCAUGAUUCUGAUAUCAGCCAAUUUACGAAUGUCAUGAAAAGAAAUAAAAAUAAAAAAGGCCCCUUUCUAUGGAAUCUCAAGGUCAAAGGAAAAAAUGGACCUUCCCCGACAAGUCAAACGAUGAUCUAUCAACAUAUACUUAAUUAUUACUUAACUUGGGUACCAGAGCCUAAUGACAUGAUUCCUGGUAGUGUUAAAUCAAGUUGUAUCAAAACAAAUUUAUUUGAAGUACUUUUAGAUCUUUUUGAAUCGAGAGAAUUCUUUAUAUCAGAAUUUCGAAAUUUGUUGACUGAUAGAUUGUUCACUCUGAAAUUCUAUAAAUUGGAUGAUAAAUGGACACAAUGUUUGAAGUUGAUAAGGGAAAAAGUAGUCAAAUUUAGAGAAACAAGUCACGUCAACUAUAUAACAAACGGCAUAUUAGGACUGCCCGAAACAACUGCUCCCUCAGCAGAUGCAGAUCAAUCCAAUCUUAAUAGCAUUGAUGUAAUGCUCUGGGAUAUUAAAUGCAGCGAAGAGUUGUGCCGCAAAAUGCAUGAAGUUGCUGGAUUAGAUCCAGCAAUAUUUCCGAAAUUCAUUUCGCUGUUAUACUGGAAAUAUAACUGUGAUAUGCAGAGUUCCAACGAACUAACAUUUCAUCUACCAAUACAUUUGAAAAAAGAGCUACAGAAGUAUUCUGAUGUAUAUUCACAGUUGAAACCUGGAAGGAAGUUACAACUGUGCAAAGACCAAGGAAAAGUAGAAAUAGAGUUAAACUUCAAGGAUGGUAGGAAAUUAGUGCUGGAUGUUUCCUUAGAACAAUGCAGCGUAAUAAAUCAGUUUGACUCUACGGAUAAUAAAUCGAUUUCUUUGACAUUGGAGCAACUAUCCGACUCGCUAAAUAUUACACCUCCAAGACUCGUUCAUUUGUUAGAUUUUUGGAUCCAAAAAGGCGUGAUUUCAAAAGAGAACGGAGUUUAUUCCGUCAUAGAGAAUUGCGAGACAGAUUUUGACAAAGUACAUAAAGACAUCCCAAUGGAGACUGAGAAUAAUAACCGUGGCCUACGUAAUGAAUCUGAAGCAGAGAGAAAAUGUGAGUUAACGUUACAAAGAAGUUUGCCAUUCAUCGAAGGAAUGCUGGCUAACUUAGGUGCCAUGAAACUUAAUAAAAUCCAUUCGUUUUUGAAAAUCACGGUGCCAAAAGAUUGGGGAUAUAACCGGGUCAGUCUCCAACAACUAGAACAGUAUUUAAGUGCUCUAGCCGAUGAGGGCAGGUUAAAAUAUAUUGCCAAUGGCUCAUACGAAAUAGUGAAAAACGAACAUAAAACCUUAUGA